CAAACACCAGAGGCCACUGGCGGCGAUGGGGGACGUUACGGGCCUUACGGCGGGCGGGGAGGAUGCCUACCGGGUAGAUCCUAAGGAAGAAUUUGUUCAAGUCAGAAAGAGAGACUUAGAACGGUUAACAACAGAAGUGAUGCAGUUACGAGACUUUUUACCCAAAAUACUGAAUGGGGAGAUUUUGGAGAACUUCCAGAGGUUGGAUGUUGUAGAAACAAGCCUGGAAAAGAAAGAUCAGGAAGUAGAACAGAUGAGAAUGGAUUGUGAACAUUUUAAAGCCCGAUUGGAAAUAGCACAAGCAGAUAGCAUAAAAGAGAAGAAGGAGAAACUGGCCCUUAGACAGCAGCUGAAUGAAUUGAAGCAGCAACUAUUACAGCAGGCAGAAUAUUGUACAGAAAUGGGAGCAGCAACAUGUACUCUUUUGUGGAGUGUUUCCAGCAGUGAAGAAGUAGUCAAAUCAAUAUUGGGAGGAGAUAAAGCAUUGAAGUUUUUCAAUAUCACUGGACAAACAAUGGAAAGUUUUGUAAAAUCACUUGAUGGGAAUGUAAAACAGGAGCUGGAUUCUAAUGAAAAUCAAUUUGUAUUUGCUUUGGCUGGAAUUAUAACAAAUGUUGCUGCCAUGGCGUGUGGUCGUGAAUUUCUGGUUAAUUCAAGUCGUGUGCUGCUGGACACAAUAAUGCAACUUCUGGAAGACUUGAAGCCAGGACAGUGUACCAAACUCAAAGUGUUAAUGCUGAUGACACUGUACAAUAUAAGCAUCAACUUGAAAGGCCUGAAGUAUAUUAGUGAAAGUCCAGGUUUUAUCCCUUUACUGUCAUGGCUCUUGGAAGAUCCAGAUGCAGAAGUAUGUCUUCAUGUUCUUCGACUUAUCCAGUCUGUCGUUCUGGAAACAGAAGUCUUCUCCAAAUUAGCAUCACAAUUCCGUGACUCCAUGCUCCUUCAGCACAUUACAACUAUAUCUAAGAGUCAAAAUUUCAACCUCCGGACACUGGCUCAAGAACUCUUAGAAGAUUUUAAAGUCCUAGAGUUUGAAGUGUAGAGAUGCUUAGAAAAUGAGAUAGGGUGGAGGACCCUUCAGGAGAAAAGAGAAAAUUUUGAACAGCUGCUGAGGAAAAUGUAAGAAUGUGACAAAAUCAGCAAAGGAAUAAUAAAUGAAUUACUAAUAAGUA